AUGACCGAGCGCGACUGGCGCAUCUUCCGCGAGGACUACAAUAUCUCACUCAAAGGCGGUCGCAUUCCCAACCCCCUUCGCAGCUGGGAGGAGAUCGCCAACCUCCCCUCCUCCAUCAUGGACAUCAUCACCAAGUGCGGCUACAAGGAGCCGACGCCCAUCCAGCGGCAGGCCAUUCCAAUCGGCCUGCAGAACCGCGACAUCAUCGGCGUCGCCGAAACGGGCUCCGGCAAAACCCUCGCCUUCCUCAUUCCCCUCCUCGUUUGGAUCACCUCCCUCCCUAAAAUCGAACGCCAGGAGGAGAUCGACCAGGGCCCCUACGCUAUCAUCCUCGCGCCCACCCGUGAACUGGCGCAGCAGAUCGAGGAGGAGACGAUGAAGUUCGCCUCGGCGCUGGACAUUCGCACCGUGGCCAUCAUCGGCGGCAUCAGCCGCGAGGACCAGGGCUUCAAGGUGCGCCUCGGCGUGGAGAUCGUCAUCGCCACACCGGGCCGCCUGAUUGACGUUCUCGAGAACCGCUACCUGGUUCUGAGUCGCUGCACCUACAUUGUCCUCGACGAGGCCGACCGCAUGAUCGACAUGGGCUUCGAGGCGGACGUGCAGAAGAUCCUCGACCACAUGCCCGUCACCAAUCUGAAGCCGGACACGGAGGAAGCAGAGGAUCCAGGACGACUGCUGGCGAAACCUUCUGGCGAAGCCUCAACCUCGGUCACCCGUUACCGGCAANAUUACCUUCGCCGCCCAGCCGUCGUCUACAUCGGCUCCGUGGGACGGCCGGUGGAGCGCGUCGAGCAGCUCGUGUACCUCGUCUCGGAGGGUGAGAAGCGCCGCAAAUUGAUUGACAUUCUCCAGAAGGGCGUCGAGCCGCCGGUCAUUAUCUUCGUGAACAAGAAGAAGGGCGCCGACGUGCUGGCCAAGUCGCUGGAGAAGGUCGGCUUCAACGCCUGCACGCUGCACGGCGGCAAGGGCCAGGAGCAGCGAGAGUACGCCCUGGCCAGCCUCAAGUCCGGGGCGAAGGACAUCUUGGUGGCCACCGACGUCGCCGGUCGCGGUAUUGACAUUCGAAAUGUCAGCCUUGUCAUCAACUACGACAUGGCGAAGAGCAUUGAGGACUAUACGCAUC